AUGUUUGCAUUUCUGUUGAUCGCAUUUCUACUGAUUUCGCCAAAGAUUGACUUCACUGAUGGCAAAGUGGGUCCAACUGUUGCCUCUAGAGGUGGGCCUGUCAUGAAGGAUAAGACACGACACUCGCACCACCACAGGCCAGAGUCGUUGGGCGUUGAAAAGGAUGUGAAUCCACGACAACCGGCUGACCCGGUAGCUAUUGAAACAACUGUUGAUACCCCUGUGGACCCUGGUAAUCUCAACCCAAGUGCCAGUGAUGCGCCAGCACCUGUCGACACAAAUAGUGGUACCGGUGGCGAGAACGACACUACAACUGAUACAGUAGUAGAUCCAGUGGUGACAUCAACAGUAGUAGGUCCAGUGGUGACAUCAGAUGCUAACAACACCGGUGUUAAUGCUAAUGAACCUGCAGCCCCUGUCCCUGAUGACAAUAUACAAGAGGAUGCCAUACCGGGUGACCUGCCAAUUGCACCCCCAAAUGAGCCUAAGAAGCCUGGAAAGGGUGACAAUGAAAGUCGAGAGAAACCGACAGAAGAGACCAAAAUCGGUGCCGCCGUAGUCUCGAAGCCUGAGCCCACAGCGGGACCUCCCUCUGAGCCUGACUCAAAGGAAAAAUUAGAUCAGAAACAGGACUCAAAGGAGGCGUCGACUGAUAAGCCGCCAUCAGAUAAAGGCAAGGAUGCGAAGAAAGAGUCGGAAACUACCGGCGCCGACACUAAGGCCAUCGACCAAAAGCCUAAGUCCGCCGAAUCAGACGUUCCCGAAGUCUAA